AAGUUUUCAGCCAGAGGACUCCCCGGCGUGCUGGGCCGGAGAGGCUUGGCUGGCUCCGGUGAAAGGGCUCUCGGAGGCGCCAGGCUCGGCGCUGCGCAGCUCCGGCGACGAACUUGCGAGAACUUGGGCCGGGAGCCCCGAGGGAAGGCGGGCGAGCGGGCGCCUUCGCCUCUCCGUCAGCCCCGGCCCUCCCCGCGGAGGUGGCCGUCGGGCGGCCAGGCUGAGCGGGCGAGGGAGAAGCGGCUGCCGGGGCGCGAGGCUGGGGGGACGCGGCCGAGGCGGCCGUCGGCGAGGCGCUCGCGGGAGGGCGCCCCGGGGGGAGCCGUCUUCGGCAGCGGCGGGCCCGGCGGGGAUGGCUGCGGCGGGCAUCACCACCCUCCCCGCGAUGCCCGAGGACGGCGGCGGAGGCAGUGGCGGCACCUUCGCGCCCGGGCACUUUAAGGAUCCCAAGCGGCUCUACUGCAAAAACGGCGGCUUCUUCCUGAGGAUCAACCCCGACGGCAGAGUGGAUGGAGUCCGGGAGAAGAGCGACCCGUACAUCAAAUUGCUGCUUCAGGCAGAAGAGAGAGGAGUCGUGUCAAUCAAAGGUGUGUGUGCAAACCGUUUCCUUUCUAUGAAUGAAGAUGGCCGGUUGUUAGCACUGAAAUACAUAACAGAUGAAUGCUUCUUUUUUGAACGCUUGGAAUCUAAUAACUACAAUACAUAUCGAUCUCGUAAACAUAGUGAUUGGUAUGUCGCACUGAAACGAACUGGGCAGUACAAACUCGGACCAAAAACUGGACGAGGACAGAAAGCUAUCCUUUUCCUUCCGAUGUCUGCCAAGAGUUGAUUUUAGUGGCAGAGUCUAUAAAAUAUACUACAGCAGUGGUAAACUUCCGCUUUGCCACAAGACAGAAAAAUGUGACCAAAUAUUUGCCAGGACUUGCAGAUUGAUUGUAGAACUGUGUAUGUUUUAAGCCUUCUAACUCUUUUAAUUCCUGGAACCAUAUAUGUGUGUAUGUGAAUGUGUCAGGCUCGAACACCGAUGCACCAACUGAAUAUUACGCUUGUUUCCAACUUAAUG